CGAUCGCUGUCUAUCUGUUAUGGUUAUUCCCGCCAAAUUUGUGCUAAAUUGGAAGCUAACUUGAGUCGGCAGGGUUUGGGAGCAUUCCUUCAGUCAUAAAAGUACGUUUAAAGAGUCACUCGUGUUUGUAUUUCAAAUGUAAAAGAUAUAUUCGCAAAAAUUGUAUUCGUCGUUUUGUGUUUGGCUGAACUCUCAUACAUUGUGUUCCCUUAGGUUCAUAAGAUGGGUUAUUUACAACGGCUGGAGUUAGAAAAUUUUAAGUCCUAUAAAGGAAAACAUACUAUUGGACCUUUCAAGCGUUUCACAGCUGUUAUUGGACCUAAUGGAUGCGGUAACUAUAGCUAUAUUCAUUUGCUUAAGUUGUGUGGUGUGUAAGUUGCAGGUUCUCUGAGAAUGAAAGCACGGAGAUAUCUUUAAAUGGACAAAUCAACAGUUGACUUUGUUAAGAGCAAAGCGUUAAUUAACAAAUAGAGAAGCCUUGACUGUGCUCUGUUCUGUUGUAAAGCAUGCAGGAACUGGCUAGAGCACUAAAGAAGUGUAGGGAGAAAGACAAGACGUAGUCAAGUGUAGCUGCUUCCUAAGCACUUAUCACCUAAGCACUCACCUUAGCACCUAAGCACUCACUUUCAUGAGCACUUAGGAAGCGGCUAAAACACUCAAGAAGUGGGGAGAAACACUCAACUAAAUCUUGUGUUUCUCCCUACACUUCUUUCAUGCUAUAGCUUUUGUGCUCUAGUAAAGUUUACAACAGAACAGAGUCAAGGCUUCUCUAUUUGUUUUAUAAUAAAGAAUCUGUUGAAUUCCUCAAGCAUUACUUUCAAUUUUUAAAAACAAAUUCUAUUUCUGAAGCCAACAACAGCGUCGUCAGCAUGCUCUAUACUCUUAUAAAGCAUGCUAUAAUAAGUGAAUCAGAAUCCCUGUUAGAAUAGUUCAAAUAAUCAGAUUGGCUGAUCAAGACUAAAGCUGUCAAAAAUGUCAAACCAUCAAAGUUAAAAAAACCAUCAAAGUUAAAAAACCAUCAAAGUUCACAUUCUGCAAUAGUUUACAAACUUAAAUAGUGUGGUACGUUGAAUUUAACACUUUUUCGUGAAGUUUUUUAGUCUCUAAUACAGAAUCUGAAAGUGAAGUGUUCAUUGAAAUUUGGCCAAAUUGCAGCACAAAAACACAGAAGUUUUUUCACAUGACAAGUAGAAAUAAACUGUUCAAGGCGAGGGUUUUAUAAAUGAACGACAACCAAAUUCAGCUGAACAUAAAGAUUGCUCAGAAAGAUAGCACUAUAAAAGUCGGCCACAGUGACUGAUGUGGCCUUCCACUCAGCGCAUUGGAAAGGAUAUUAGAGCAUGCUCUUAUUUUGUAACUCGAAGGGCAGGUGAUUUAGUUUCUGAGGCUUGCUUCACUGUGAUGACUGGAGAUCAUGAUGAGCUAGCUGUGAUAGACCUCAGCAUGAUCACAGUCGCUCUGACACCAUCAUGAUAAGUAUGAAUUUUAACAGUUAUGCCAGUUCAAUUACAUUUUUCAUCAUUCCUGUUUUGUUUUUGAACACAAAAUUUUAUAUACUAUAUGAGUUUUAGCUAUGUGUGAUUUUUAUUACCCUAUGUAAGCUUACAAUGUAACUGAGCGUGAAAACCUUUAAAACUUAGACUGUCCAUUUUGUUUUCUCUUUGAGUAUUUUCAUCUCUGCUCAUGUUAUAAUAAUGUAGAUUACAGCGCCUGGCCUGUUUACAAGCGUUUGUUUGGUUCUUCUGUUGUUACCUGCUCACUCACUUGUUCCCGAAAUUAUACUUUCAAUUAAUGAAAAAAGCUAGAGAGAAGUCCUGGAAAAGGUCAGACAUAAUUCAAUUUGGCAGAUGGUGUGACAGCUUUAGCUCAGCCCCAUGCUCUAUACUCUCAUAGAGCAUGCUCUUUCAACCAAUGAGCAGCACACAUUAAAUCCGAAACUUUAUCAUUAAAUAAAAUUAGCAUUGGUUAUGGAACUGAGUGGAGUCCAAUUUGGUCUGUAAUAAACUUUAUUAUUAAUUAUAAUAAAGGUCGGAUAUAACGCGCGCUCUCAUUGGUUGAAAGAGCGUGCUCUAUGAGAGUAUAGAGCAUAGAACUGAGCUAAAGCUGUCAUGCCAUCUGCCAAGUUGUACCAUGUUCAACCUUUUCCGGGACAAGAGCACUCAAGAAGUGGGAAGAAACACUCGACUACGUCUCGUGUUUCUCCCUACACUUCUUUCGUGCUCUAGCCGCUUCCUGCGUGCUUUAUAACAGAACAGAGCACAGUCAAGGCUUCUCUAUUUGUUAAAUAAAAAUUAGCAAUGGUUAUGGAACUGAGUGGAGUCCAAUUUGGUCUGUAAUCAUAUGAGUUAGUAACAAAAUGGGAUGACCACAGCAGGAGUCUGAUUUGUUAUUUAUUAGUAUGAUUAUGGACAGAGUUUGACCAUUAAAGUCCCGUAACCUGUCAAUCAAAAAUAUGACAAAAUUUGAUAAGUAAUGUAGCCAUUGGUUAUAUGUUUUUAUAUAAAAAACAAAAGUUAAGUUGGUGGAAGGCUCAUCAACAGGGCUGCCCAGCACUUGACACAUACUUUCCAGUUACAAUAUAUUAGGCAUGAUGCCUAUGCUGUUCAUUAUAUGAACAUGACGCAUACUCUGUCUGUAGCUGCUAUGGGCAACUAAAUCUCAGCAGAUCAAUCAGACAGUUUUUAACGCAACUCUACAAUACAUUUAAUCUCAACAAUUGCUGAUGUAAGGUGGUAUUGAUUGGAUCAGUUAAAACUGCCAACAAAAUAGCGAGUUAAAGCUUAUUAUAAUGUGAAUUAAGCUAAAUGCACCUAAAACUACAUACGGUAAGGAAAACUAAAACAAAAGUAACAAUGAAAACUAAGUAAUACAAAACUUACCUUUGUUGUGAUGCUUUAGAAUUACUGCCUAAUGGCAAAGAAGCUGCACAACAUGUUGCACAAUGAAAAUAAUUUCUGCUUCGCAAGUGGACUUACUGAGUAAACUGAACAAACUGUGAUGAACAUAUUGUCGAAAUACAUGCUAUGUUAUGCAAAGUUACAUAAUGUAAGGUAGCGUAGUGCACGCAAAAUUUGAACUGUAAUUAAUGUUGUUUGUACAAGAGCAAUAAACAAAAAAAAAGAACAAGGCAUUUGUGAUCUACACUGUCCCUUGUGCUUAAAUUGAGUUGGUGAUAACCAAUCACGUUCAACAAAUUUUGUUACAGUUUUGAUUAACAUACCAAUCAUAACCAUUACAAUUGCCUCAAAUGUGAUUGGUGCAUUAGCUGCUAAUUUUUAGAAAUGUUGUUGUUAAAUUGUGAUAACAACUCAUUUUAUAAGAGUUUCAAUGUAUUCAGACUCUGAGUGAGUAACUUUAACUUUCAAAUUAUCCAUGAAGUACAGUCAAACUUUUGUUUUUCUUUUCAUUCUUGGGUAUGUUACCAAUAUUGCUGAUCUUUUGGUUAUCUGUCAGUUGAUAGUCAGCCAACAGGGUUACUCAGGGAGCUCUUCCUCACAAUUACUGGAAAAUGAGUGUUGGUCUUACAGAUUCACUAACAUACAUGUGUCACUGGUGCAUGACCAACAAUAAGUUGCUUGUCAUAUAGCUUGUGGUAUUGGUUAAACCUGUCGUUGGUUGAUGAAGGGAGAUGUUCUUUACUUCAACCUAUUUUUCAGAGUUGAACAAUGACUUUAUUCAGUUUAAAUACCUAAGGUUGACUCUUUUGGAAAGUUUAUUGUGUUAUGAGUGACCUCUUGUAAAUUAAACAAGUAACUUAAAUUCUUAUUUUAUUAGGCAAGUCUAAUUUAAUGGAUGCUAUCAGUUUUGUAUUUGGAGAACGCACACAAAGUCUUAGAGUUCGUACUGUUAAGGUGAGUGAAUUUCCUAGUCCAGAGAUACAAUUUAAUUUUUUUCACUAUAACUUCUGUAUUCAUGUGUUACCAAAAGGCUGUUGUCAUGGUGAGAUCAAAUACAUAAUUAAUUGCUGGAAUUAAGGUUUUUUAAGCUAAGUUUUGAAUGAGUGUCAAGAUAAAGUUAUUUUUCACAGUGAGCCUAAAUGAAUGCUUAACUGAUCCAAUACUCAGAAAAAAAUCCUCAGGGAUAAGCUGCAUUGACUACAUGUUAUGCUAUACAUAUUACUUGAUCACAAUCUGGUCUCUCUUUUUCUUGCCCCAAGGGUCAGAAAGAAGAAAGAAUCAAGGAACAGGGUCGACUUGAUUGAAGAUCAUUAAAAUUUUUUUGUUUAUCUAACACAGGAUCUCAUUCAUGGAGCUCCUAUUGGCAAAGCUGUAUCCAGUACAGCAAUGGUUACUGCUGUUUAUGCAGAGGAAGAUGGAACUGAGAUAAACUUUACAAGGAAGUAUGUUAUAUAUGCUUUUGAAACUCUACAAACUUAACAAUUAAUUGCAUACUCUCUUUUUAAGGUCUGUUUUUCUACACUGAAUUUGUAAACCUCAAAAUUGGACUUUUACAGCACCACAUAGUGUAUUGCAGCACUAUAAGUGGUUGGUACUUGAAAUCCAAAAGGAUUUGACUCUCAAAUCUUGAUAAGAUCACCAACAAGCAUGAGCCAGUCACUACUAUUUUGGGUUCCUUACAAAAUUCAAUUUAAACUACUUGCACUGAGACAAAAGUACAUAUCUAAAACAAAAAGACUUGUGUGGCUUCAGCUCUUGGUUAUCUCUUAGAGAUAUUUGUGCCCUAAAUUUCUCUGAAGUUUUCCUGCUGUAUGUGAACAAUUUUGUUGGGUUCCUUGUGAAUUUCAGUUUAAAAGGUUUUUUAUUAUUGUUGUCAAGAGCUGUGUAGCUUGUAAAUCAUUUCAUUGUGUUUCUUCUUACAAGGAUUGUUGGUAGUGGCACUGAGUACAGAAUUGAUAACAAAGUUGUCACCCCACAACAGUACACUUCAAAACUUGAAAGUUUGGGAAUAUUGGUAAAAGCCAAGAAUUUUCUUGUGUUUCAGGUAAAUCUUCAAUAAUUUCCUCUCCUAAGCAUAGAAUGGCAGUUGAGGUUUGAGAGAUAACUGCUUGGACUAAUAUUGAUGACUGUAUCUAAUCAUUGUUCCUACAGGGGACUGUUGAAUCGAUUGCCAUGAAAACUCCGAAAGAGAGAACUCAGAUGUUUGAAAAAAUCAGCAGGUAUAGUGGGAAUAAGUAACUUUAUUUAUUACAUUUCUCUUUGUAAGCUGUCAGACACCCUAUUCAUCUCUGGCAUUUUCAGAGUAUGAUCUCAAAUUUUGAUACUAUGUACAGGGUUACAUUUUUCACACAGCCAAGGCAUCAUAUAUAGCUUGAUUCCAUGUUACUCAUAAAUGCUUUGCUAAACUUUAGAUCAGGUGAGCUUGCAGACGAUUAUGACAAAAAGAAAGUAGACAUGCAGAAGGCUGAAGAAGAGACAAGUUUUAAUUACCAUAAAAAGAAGGUAUGAAAGUUCUUUCUCUCACAGUUAAUAAUAUUGUGGAAGAUGUUGUUUCCAAUAAGAACAAACUGCUUGCUGAUUCUUGGGGACCUUUAAACAAAUUGAUUUGAUUUUUAUCUGAAAUGCAUUUCUAUGAGAUAUGCCAUCUGAUAGGAAUCAGAAAUAAAUGUUUCUAAUUUAAAAGAUGACUUGUGUUUGUUUUCAACAUCAUUUAAAAGUUGGCACAUAAUCAGACUUUCCUCUUGUAAAUUGGGGAAUAUCUUGAUCACUUUCAAGGGAAAAGAAAAAUAACCCAAACUAGCUCUCUGUUAUGUUCAGAUCAAUCUAUAUGGUUAGUGUCAAAAACAUUUGGGUGGUUGGGCAUGUUCAAGGUAUUCAAAACCACAAAGUGUGUGGGCCAUAAAUCAAAGAGGAAAACUAAGACCCUAUAACUUACCAUGCUCACUGAGAUGUGGAUUGUCUUGGGAAACAAGGCCUAGUUUUAUGGAAUGCUAUCAGAUAAUUGAUGCACUUCCAAAAGGAAAUUAAGACAAUUUGCAGUUGCUUUUCAGUCAUUGACACAUCUGAACACUUUUAAAGAAAGCAAGUUUCAUUUGCUCUUCAGUGAGUUAAUCUUGAACAACUCAUUAUUUCCAACAGAUAAAAGGUUUUGGUUUUUGACACUAUUAACAGUGUGUCUAGGGACUGGGAAAUGCAAAUUUGUUCAGAAUGAAUUAAAAUACGUACUGGAGUGAUUGCUUUGUCUAACUUAGGGAAUUGCAGCAGAGAAAAGAGAGGCCAAAGCUGAGAAGGAAGAAGCUGACAAAUACCACAAGCUGAAUCAAGAACUGGUAAGGUUCUAAGCUAACGUACAGGAAAAAUUUUAAUCAACAUCAAAAAUUUAGUCUUUUUUAGAAAAAAAAAUUGGUGGAGACUGGCUGAAUAAGGCUGAAUUGUAAUACAGCAAUUACCAUCACUAGCUGGAUAUGCAAGUCAAAACAAUUCAGAGUGAAGCCUCUACUUAGUGAAUACCUCAUGAAGCAGACACCUAUCAGUAAUAUUAAGCCAACUAAUUUCCUAAUUUUGUCACCCAUAUCUACUCCAAAACUAUCUUAUAUUCAGUAGACACCUCUACUUAGUGGAUGCAGCACUAACAUUAAGCCUUUUAGUGACCUAAGCCCUUCAAGAUGUUUUGUCAUUGAGUAGAUACAUUGUAGUUCUCAGUAUCAUAUGUUAUGGUGUGUGCAAUGCAAAAUGUAAUGCACAUACACAAGAAAAGGCUCCUAACACUUGAAUUGAUGAAGUAGUUAAUGAUAUAUUACUAUAAAAAUUGCAUGCCCUACUAGAACCUACAAGAAGAUGCCAUGUGUUAGGUGGACAUUAGCAAGGGUCCUAUGAGUGUGUAUUUAAAGCAGGUUUAACCAUAGUUAACUGUGCUCUGUAGAUCAAAGCAAUCCAACCAGCUUUGUCUAAAUUGAUAAUGAUUAUUAAGCUAUAAUAUUUUAUUAUUAUGGAAAAUCAUUUCCCAAAAUGAUACUGUUUGCUAAUGUUGAUAGGUUCUGUUUGUUCAUUUUAAUUUCAUCAGGAAAGUUGUCAACUUGAAGUUAAGUUGUUCCAGUUGUAUCACAAUGAACAAAGUAUAAAUCACUUAACUAGUGAACUGAAAGCUAAAUCUCGUGACUUGGACAAACUUGACCAAAGGAAAAAUGAAAUUGACCAGCAGCUCAAGAGUAAGAAACAAGACAGCGCUAAGUUAUCAAGGGAGAUGGCUUUUGUAGAGAAGAAAAUAACCAGCAAGGUACCAAAAUUAGAGAAAACCUCUUUUAUAUAGUUUACUACCAAAGUAGCUAAAACAUGCAGAAUAUUUUCAUGCAUUAAUUGUGUAUCCAAGUCCACAAAUGUUGCUAAUUACCCUGACAUUGGUACAGCAUACCAUUAGGUAUGAGGAAUAAUGAUGCAGAGAAAAGCAAGUUACCUAUUUUGUUGAAAUAAGCACAGUAUUAAAAUAGUAGCUAACUUUGAACCAUGCAGGAAAGUUUAGACAUGGAAUAUAGUGUGUCACUCAUGUAUGCAUAGCACUUUUUACACCAAUUCUAGGCUUAGUUUGAGUUCACCACAGAAUAAUCUUAGACCAAAGUCAUAAUUAUAGUUGGUAAUUACAACAGUGUCAUAACUUGAACCUAAACUUAUGCAAUGAUUUCAAUAGCGUUAUUCUAUUUUAUACAGGAAGCAGAACUGAACAAGAACAGACCACAGUAUAUUAAAGCCAAGGAGAAAACCUCUCAUGUUUUGAAGCGGCUUGAAUCUUCUAAGUAAAGACCUAAGAUUUUAUUUUUUUAACCCUCAGUGUAUCAGAUCUAUUAGAGUUUUUUACUGGCACAAGAUAAAUUUUAACCCUAUUGUGCAUAGUGAAGUAUAAUGGGGCUUUUAGUACAGGUAGUACACUCUACUCACUGAGCUAUUUUAUUUGUAUCAUUAUUUGACUAAGGAUUUCAGGAAAUAGUAAGGUGCUUUAUAAAUGAAAGCAGAACUAUCCCAUUUAUAAGUUAUGGUUAGUUUGAGAUACUUUUGAUACUGGGAAAAUUUUCCUCUGAUCAUAUCAUUAUAAGAUUUCAUAAAAUUUUGCUUUGAAACAUUCUUUUGGGUGCUGUAUUGUCACCUUAAAAUUUGAGUAUACAUAUAGAUCAGUUCAACACAGAUAGAUAAAUCUAAGGACCUUUCCAGCUAAAUAAAGAAAGGAUUUUAUUGCAUACUCCUACUGGAGUGCUUUUUAAUUGAGUGUAGUAAAACCAAAACAAAUUGAAAGUAGUCACAAUGGCCAGACAGAAGAAAGGAGAAUGAGUACUGAAAGUAAAACCUACCAACUUCCUAAAUCAUGGGAAAACACCAGUGACCAAGUCAUGAUUGGUUUUACUUUUGUAUCUGAUUGGUUAAGAAAGUGUUGCAAGUUUUCUGGACCAAUCACAGAGGGUAAAAAAAGCCAUUGAGGAUUACUUGCAACACUCCAUUGAAAAUUGCUCCUUUUGUUUAACUCGGAUAAAUUGAACAAUAGCUGCGAUAGUUUUUAUGACACUUAGGUGAAACUUUUCUUUGCCUUUGAAGGAAAGCUUUUGACAAAGCCAAGAAUGUUCAUAAAAAGCAUGAAGCUGAAGUAAGUUAAAUGUAUAUUCAGGAAAAUAUUGUAGUGAUUUUAAUAGGCAGUACAGUCAAAUAUGUACAUACUGUACAUGCCUAUAUCUACACUGUUGGCAAUCAAAAUUGAAACCUUUUCUUUUGAAACAAGUUCAAAGUUUAGCAUGUGCAUUGAAGAAUUAAAAUUAUUGAACAAAUCAAAAAAGAAAUUAUAAACAAGGAAGUAAGGAGGAAAAUAUCAUGUGCAUGAGAUAAAUAAUCUCCACACAUUGCUUAAAGAUUUGAAAAUAAAUUAACUGAAGGGAGUAGUGUAAUGUAACAUGCUGUUACAGGAAGUCAAAUUAUAUGUGAAAGCUGUGUAAGAAUGUUUUGGAAGACCCCUGUAAAGGUACUUCACAUGGAGAACAUCAUUAAAAACCUUUUCAUUUAAUUCUGACAGAUCAGGGAGCUUGAGCAUGAUUUGGAUGAGGUUCGCAAUGCAGCAGCAAAGUAUGAGGAAGAUGUGUCAGGAGCAAGUCAAGAUGAAAAUGUGGAACUGAUGGAUUCACAGGUGUAAAAGUCAUACAUCACUUCCUAGAAUUAGGGAACAACUUAUUUGUGCCAUUGAUAAUUAUAAUUAAAAUGUUCUUGAUUAAGGGAAAAUACAUUCAAGUGUUGAAGUCAACCUGUACUUGAUUGUUGGUUUCAAGAUUGAUUGUUACCAUGCUUGAUCAAGCCAAUUUUCACAGGAGAAUCUGAUCACCUCUGCAAGGUUUUUCUGAAACUAAAGUAUUCACAGCACUGAAAUACAACAGAAAUUUAACAGCUCAGCUACUCCAAGAUUUUAGUGCAUACACAUCAUCCUUUUGUCACUGACUUGAUGAUGACAAUGAAUCAACAAAUCUUUAUUGAAAGUCAGGCUUCAAUAUUCUUACUGGUUUUAAGUACAAAACUUUUCAUUCCAAUUACAGAAAGCUUGGUCACUCAACCAAUAAAAACCAGUCACAUUUCACAAAUUCUAAUAUGUUAUGAAUAUGGCCUUCUUCAUGGUUGGUGAGGGUGCAUGAUUUUUAAUCAUGGGUUGUGAAGAGGUGCCAAGGGAUGAAAGAGUCUAAAAAUAAAAAUUGUACAUGCAAACUGACCAUGAAGUAAUUUGUUUCUUAUAUUAGUACUGGGAUAUUACAAAUGUUUGUAACUUUAAAUUGCAGUCAACUGAGACAAAGAAGUUGCGAACUUGACAUUGCCUUUAUUAAGACCCAAUCAGUUUUUUGUUACAUUUCUUGUUGUGCAUAAUUAUUUAGAUAGGAAAUUAAUAAACAUUUCCCAAAAAAAAGACAAAAUAAACACAAUAUUUUCACACUGAAAGGCAGAGAGCGUAAGUUCAGUUAUCUCAGUAUUUGAUUCUCAUAAACAUAUUCCAAAUCCCUCUGUGGAGUUAGUAAACAUUCUAUUUCUUAUGUUUUAUUAAUAGGUUGAACAAUAUCAUGCAUUAAAGGAACAGGCUGGGAGGGAGACUGCAGCCCUUAAGUUACAGUUAGACAAGGUACAAACUUAUUGCAGUUAAAGAUUGUAAGCUCAGUUCCCUUCUAUUUGUACCAGAUAUUGUAUUGUGAAUAAUUGAAGUUCUUUUUUUAUGAUGUAUACAUUAAUUUUUCCUAAAAAGUAUCUUUUUUUUACCUUGUCACAUCACAAGAUUGUGAGAGAGCAGAACUCUGAACAGGAAUUCCUAGACCAGUUAAAACAGAAAAAGGUGGAUCUUCUUGCUCAGCAGAAACACAAGACAGAUCAAAGGUGUGUGCUGGAUUCUAAGAGUUGAGUUAACAAGAAGAGGCAAAAAUUUUAACCAUUUGCUUUUUCAACUAUAUCUGCUGUUUCAAGUAUCUAUGCCUUGUUUAGUCUUGCGUUGGCUAUACACAUGACUAUUAAUGAUAAUAUGGCCCAACCCUCACUACAGAUACCAAAUGUUAUUGUUAUUAUUACUUGUACAGUACAAGCAAAUAUUUAAUAGAACUUCAUUUGACAGGUAGCACCCCAACUUAGGUGGUCAACUUGUCAGCACAUAUGGGCAAUUGUGAAAUGGGGAAAAAUUGAAACAAACAUUUUUGACCGAAAAUUCAAAGCAUUUUACUAUGGUUUUUCUUAUGAUUAAAUGCAGUUUAAUAGAAUAUAAAGGAGUUAACAAAAAAGAGCAUCAGCGUUCUCUAGUAGUCAGUGGUUUUUUCGCAUAUGCAUAUGUACAUGCACUGGAAUUCCAUGGGCUCUGCGUGUGCUUUGAGUGUGAACUUGCAGCAUUGUGAGGAGUGCCAGCUCAUUGUCAAGGCAGUUUUCCCCACCCCUUCCCUUGCUCUUUCCACUGUUUAUUCAGUGUGAUGAAUAUAUAUGAGGCCUGUAGAGAAGAAUCUUGGUUGUCCUCGCUAUAGUUGUAUUUUUAUUUUAUAUGACAUCUUAUUUUUAAAUUAUCCAAUCAUAAACCACAUGAAUAACUGUGUCUGACUCAACAGGACUCAACUCACAGAGAGAAUUGAAAAACUUGAUGAAUAUAUUAGGUUUGUAAUCACUCAUUUAACAAUUUCUUUUUCUGACAAGUAAAUGAAUGGUUGUUGGGGUAGACUUACAUGUUUACAAAAUUAAACUAAUGUUUAUAUUUUCUUGAAGUGUCAUUAUAUUUCAGGCAUGGCUAUUUUCUAGCACCUAAUACUAGUUUUCUCUAACAAUUUGUUCACACUGAUAAGCAUGAAGUUUUAUGGGGGUUCAUAGGGAUUCAACAAAAUGUUGAAAAAGUUAGAAAAUUUGCAAACACAUUUUCAUGGAUGGGAAAAAUAUGGGAAGUAGAGAGAAAGUCUGAAAAAAUGGUAAGAAUUUCACUUUAAACUCAAACUCAGACCUUUCAAUUUAGCACUUAAUUUCUCAACCAACCAAACAUCAGAGAACGGAGACUCAUAAUUAUUCUCUGAUCCAUUAUGAUAUAAGAUUAAAACAUAUGUUAGAUACACAUGUUAAUGUUCACUUUGUUUUUGUCCUGAAGCACGAACAUACAAACAGUGGAUAAGUUGAGGCAAGAUCAUGACAAAAUGGAAAAGGACAUCAAGUAAGUUCUUUUAAAUUUCUACAUCCACAGUAUUUCAAGAUAUUUAUUUAAGUCAUUCUUCAUAGGUAAUUAGAUCAACCAGAACACUUUUUUUUUUUCAAUUUCCAAAUUAUGCUUUUCAUGGGGUAGACAAAAGCUGGAAACGUAAGAGCAAAGUCCAUAAAAGGAUUCAUAAAGUGUGAAAGAGAUGGGGAAGAAAUUGGACAAAAGAUGAAAAUAAAACAUUAGAACAUUUUGAAAUGUGUGGCAAUGAGUGUUCUCUUGCAUCUGUUUAGCUAUUAUAAGUUUGCAAGCUUAUAGAAUUUUCAGUAUCUUUUUAAAACUUGUCUUGAAUGCCUUCCUUGUCAAAUACAAGGAAGUCAUUCUUGGAAAAUGUCUGUUAUUAUCUAAUAUAAAAGAAAUUAAAAAUAAAACUAGAUCAAAAUGUUAACUCAUAGUAUACUGUGGAGAAAAAUGUUCACCUCCCUUUCAUUAUGCUAUUUUCCUAGUGAUGCCAACUCUCGUCAUAGUGAAAUUAGUCAACUUCUUGAAGGUGUACAGGGAGAAUUAAAUGAAGCCAAAAUGGACAAACACGAAAGUGCUAGACAUCAAAAGAAGCAAGAACUUUUGGAGAGCAUGAAGAGACUCUUCCCAGGGGUUUAUGGGCGACUUAUAGAUCUCUGUGAACCAGUCCACAAAAAGUUAGUGUACAUACAGUCUUUUUUUAUCUUAAUUUCAUAGGUCCAAGGGCUGUCUUUUUACACAGCUGUUUGCCUUAUUGAAAACUUGAGAACUGUGCACUAAUGUCUUCAGAUCAAGUGAGCUCAGUUGUAUCAGGUGUGGGGAGUUACAGCUGUUAUUGCCAGCCUAGAGGACAUAUGUGUAUAGGUCUUUGGAAAGAAAGUCCUGAGUUAAUUCAAGACAGAAAGCAAUUUUUAUUAAAUAUAUACUUAUUUAUUUUUAUGUUCUUGCUUCUUAGGUAUACACUUGCAAUAACAAGGGUCCUUGGAAGAAACAUGGAUGCCAUUGUUGUGGAUACAGAAAAAACUGGAAAAGACUGCAUUCAAUAUUUAAGAGAACAGGUUAGUAAAGGCUUACUUGCCUUGUAUGUCCUUUGGAUGUUGGAUGUUGCCUGACUUGUGAAAGAGGAAGCUGUAGCUACCAAGGUGCUUGGCAGAGAGGAAUAAGUUUUUAUUUGCUCUUAAUUUGAAAUGACAGCUUUCCAUUCUAGACUGAGAAUUAAGAGUUGUGUCUUUUCUUCUUCCUCCAAUAGCCUAAACCGGCAAUUUUAUGGUAUUGGGUUUCUUAAAAAAAACUUUAGAUGUCAAGAUUCCCUUAAGUUGCAGUCAUUCUUAUUUACUGUGCUUAGUUUUAAAAUAUUUUUUGUCAUCAUUUUAAUUUUCAACAGGUACACAAACUGGAAAGACAAGAAUAUCAAACACAUUUUACAGGGUUUUUUUUUUAAUAUUUAAACUAAUUGUUACAAGCAGAAAACCACCCACUGAAUGCACAGGGCAAGCAAAUUUCCACGUACAACUGAACUGAUUAGUAUGUUGCAUGCUAAACUGAUUGGUGAUUUUUUCUUGCUGAUAGCGAGCUGAUCCUGAGAUGUUCCUUCCUCUGGACAGCAUUCAAGUAAAGCCCAUCAAUGAAAAGUUGAGGCAGAUUGGUGGUACUGCUAAGCUAGUCAUUGAUGUAAUUAGAUACAACCCACCAGUUGUCAAGGUACUUACAAAAGGUUUUUGAAUAGUUACAAUCAUUAAAAACUGCCUAAGUAUGAAAAUGGUCGAAAACUCUACAAUGGUUGGUUAUGCUCUAUGCUCCUAAAUUGAUGGGGACCCCUUUAUCCCUAGGAUAGACUAUACCUUCACUUUUUUAAUUACUGUGGUAAAAAAAUAUCCUUUUGCAUCAGUGUUAUGGACUUUAAAUAUUAAGGAAGAGGCUAAUAUAGAGUUUGAGUGAAAAAAGUUUUACUUAAUGAGAGCUAAAAGUUGGCAAAUAGAUAUGCUGCUGACUAAACUGUUGUUAUGCAACUAUAUUUUGUUUGCUUUGUAGAAAGCAUUGCAGUUUGCUUGUGCAAAUGCCCUUGUCUGUGAUGGAAUGGAGGAAGCAAGAAAGCUUGCAUUUGGUGGUGCAGAGAGAAAGAAGACAGUCUCCUUAGAUGGAACACUUUUCCAAAAGUCUGGUGUAAUUUCUGGUGGAGUAAGGUAUGAUAAUGGUUUUUGAAUUGUUCAUAUAAUGUUUCAGAAAUAAAGCCAAGUUGCAUUUCAGUGUGCAGUGUCUGGAGUUAUUACAAUGCCCACAAAUUCAGCUUUUUUAUGGUAUUUAUGUGGCUAAGACAUCUUCAAUUAGAUAUAAAUGGCUCGGUAGACACAUUUACAAACUCAGUUCAUGAAAGAUAAGGUCAAUUUUGCCAAUGUUGAUCAAUGUUAGAUAACUUGAAUCCACCUGUCUUUGUAUCUUUUUUCUAUUUAUUCUUUUUUGGCACAAAGUGAUCUAAAGGCAAAGGCUAGACGGUGGGAUGAGAAGCAAGUUGAGGGAAUGAAGAAAAAACGUGACAGCUAUUUGGCAGAAUUAAAAGAUCUUAGCAAACACCGUAGGAAAGAGCCAGAACUGCAGAACCUGAGAUCUCAGAUUGAUGGGCUUGAACACAGACUGAGAUACUCUACUAAGGAUAAAGAAACUACAGUAAGUCAGUUUCAGUUUACAGUCAUCAGCCAUGCACAUUGUUACAGUUGCUUAUGUCCUUAUUUAUUGCUAUUUGAAGCCCCUCUAAACACCCUUUCUAACUUUCUUUGCUGUGGCAGUUACUUAGUUAUUUAGCAGAAUAAACCUUCUACCUUACAUUUACUCAUUUCCAAAUCCACCCUGACACUAAAAAGUAGGACUUUGAUCAAAGUAGGGAAAAAACACAAAUCCCAUCAUGCUUUGUUGGGCUUGGUUCUUUUUCGUCCCACUUUAAGUGCCUAAACAGAGGCACUUUGGUCGUGAGAUGUGCUUAGACAUUCAUUACAUCAAAAUUGUAGUUACAAGUGAGCUUCAUGCAUUCCUUGCACUUAAAUCAGUAGGCAUGUUUUCCAUACUGUUCCCCAUACAUUUACUAAAGUGCUGAAAAGGACAAUUUUUUUUCAACAUUCAAGAUCAUCUUUAGUUGAUGAUCAUAUCAUUUAUUCUUGUGACCUUAUUGGGUGAUUCAGGGGUGAUAUUGCAAGACAAUAUCAGGUGCUAGUUACUUUUAGGUAUCAAAGAUUUAAACCUUUUUUAGUCUAUGUACAUGAUGAUCUCCACUCCUUUUGUACCUGUUAUGGUAGUAACAAUGUAACAUAUAUGAUUUUCACAUAUUCACAGUCACUGAUAGGUUUUUUGUCAUUAAAAGGAAAAACAAACUCUUGGAGAAAUUUCUAAGGAGCUGAAGAUCAUAAAGAAAGAACUAGACAGCCUGGAGGUAUACCCACACACUCCUUAAUGACUGCUCCUUUACUACAUGUUGUCAGCGGUGACCUUGCCAUUCUUGGCAUGUUGGCUUUGUUGUUAACUCCUGCCUGACUUACACAAGAGAAUGAAACUUCAAAAUUCAUGUUCUUUGCAUUCUUUUUAGCCGAAGAGAGAGAAGUUGCUUCUUUCAAUGGCCAAGAGGAGUGAAGAAAUCACUAAUACUGAGAAAAGAAUGAACAGAGUGGAGGACCAAGUAAGCCAUAGUAGUUAUUAUUAAUAAUGUAUGGAAAUACGGUUUUGAUAAAAUUAAAUCUCUUCCCCAGAUUCUUCUAGCUUUCUGAAUGAUUAUUUUGUCACAUGUACUUCUUGAUUGAUUGGUUUAGUUGAUUAAUUCUACAUAUUUAUCUUUUUAUUUUUGGUGGAGGGGGUGAGUAUAAAUGGCGCUAUGAGGAAAAUAACAUUCACAUUGCAGUUAAGUUGUAUCCUAAAGGAUAUCAAGUUUAUCAGACUUAGUACCAUCUAAACAUGUAUUUAAUCUCAGGUUUUCAGAGGAUUUUGUGAGCAAAUAAAUGUGGAGAACAUAAGGUGUGUUGCUCUUUAAAGAUAACUUUUUUGACUUUUAAAACCUUAAUAUCAGGAGCACUUUUUUGCCUGAAUUUAUGUUUAAGAUUUAUGAGAGGGUGUAUGUACAGAUUUAUCUAUUAUUUAGGUUGUAAUAAUCUCCAUAAUUUUUUUAAUACAUGCAAUUGUCAAAAACUUGUUUGUUUAAACACUUACAGAAUAUAAUAUAUAUCAUUGCUAAUGAGAGGCAAAAGUUUCCACUGUAUACAAGAAAGAGGCUUUCAUAAUUUGAAAAAGAAGUAUUGAUAUUUCUUGUCAUAUUAUUUGUGUUUUGUCAGUUUGAUGGUAAAUUCACUUUGUGUAAGGUAACCUUUAGUUGACUUUGAAUCUGUUUUCUUUGACUGUAUUAAAGAGUCAUUUGGCUUUAAAGUGAUUCCUCAGAAAAAAAGUUAUGAAACAAAAUUCUUUUAAACUUUCCUUUAAUGAUUCCUACCAAUGUUUAUUUUGAAAAAUUCAAUGGAAAAAAUAGGUAAUUGUGCUUGUUUAAGAGAUACGAUCAGCAAAUCUUCCCCCAUUUUUGCUUGUACUGGCACUAGUCAUGUACAUUAUUUCAUCAGUUCACAGUAAAUUUUGUGGUAACCAGAAGCAAGGGUUUUUAAAGUAACACUUCAAAAAAACUUGAAAUGGUAGAAAUUUUUUAGUAUAUGAACCAAUUUGAUGUAUAAUUUAUGGAAAAAUCAUGCAAUUUUAAACAAGUCCUUGCUUUCAAGGUCAUAAUUUGCAUUAUCAAGCAACAGGCUUUGUACAUGCUUUUAGCUAUAUCUUUUUUUCCUUUUUUGAAUUUCCCAAUAUAAAGGGGAUAAUUUGUACAUUUAGAUUAUGCAAUUUAAAAAGGUGGAUCACAGUGCUCAUUCAAAAGCUAAAGACCAUUUUCCUCUUCACCUGGUCCAUUGAUGAAAAACAAUACCUUGUUCUCAGAAGGCACACAUGCUUAUUGGCCUGAUUAUAUGAUUUUUAUGAGCAGUACAGGAUACGGAAUGCAACACUGAGGAAUCACUUUAAGUCCUCCACACAGAUUUCUAAUCUGUGUUGAAAAGGGCUUCUGGAUAUGUUUUUCCUUCUUCAACAGUAGAGAAUGGCAAAAAUAUAGCCCAUUGUUGAGUUGUUAACACCAAACACAAAAUAAGGGUGUUUAAGUUAACCUGUAUGGAAGAUGAUCAUAAGGUAUUUGAUUCAUGCAAGGUUAUGAUCAGUAAAUGACAAGGGUGGUGAAAUUGAUUCAUAUGAGCACAAGAUCAACAAAUUGUUUCAGUUUUUUGUGUCAGUAAUGUAUGAAAUCAGACCCUACAGUCCAUUUGAGCUUUCUUAAGUCUGAUUUAGUGCUUUUAGUGUUAUUUUCUUUUGACAAAAAUCCUCUGUUUUUCGCAAUUUAUUAUACAAAGGCAAUAUGAAGAAAAACAACUUAAAGCACGGCUAGAGAGGGAUCAAUGCCGCCUAGAGUUUAACAACCAGGAGUCACGCCUCAUAAAUCAGGUUUAGAAAUCCACAUACUCUUUCUCCUGGAAGUUUAUAUGAGACACCUGUAAAUAUUACCUAUUAACAACCAUUUCACAUGGUAUCUUUGCAUUUUAUUUAUUCAUUUAUAAAAGCUUUCCAGGAGAUUUUUCUAAUCUAUAAAAAUACUCAUUCAAAAAGAGAGCAGCGAUUUUGUUAGCAGUAUGAAUGUGUGCACUGCAUCUCUAAAACUCACAUUGUCAUGGUAUUUUUUUGCUCAGAAAAGAUAUUUAUGCAACAUACUACUUUGUAUGUCAUCAAAUCUUAAACUCUGUCAUCCACUUUAACUGUAGUAAUCAUUACAAAUCUCACUAGUUCUUAUUGGUUAAUUGUACAGUUGGAGUAUGAGAAAGGAAGAGAUACCAAAGGUAUGAAAUUUUGAAAAUAAUUUUUCAUAUAGUGGCAUUUUCAAGAAGAUGAGAAGCGAUUUAUCCAGUCUGCAUCAUUGAGGCUAAGCAAUCUAUAAUAAAACAAAUCUAUUGUAAAAAUUCUAUGUUGUAUAUGAUUAUGUCAUGUUUGAUGAUUAUGUCCUCAAUGCCCAGUAAGUAUGAUUAGUGAUGCCCCUUUUGAUAGUUUACUAUUAAGUUUGAGGAUUGCUGGAAAACUUCCCAUGUCAAAUAGCAUGUGACAAAUCUACUCUCCGCACACAUUUGCUUUUAUAAAUUGCAGUCACAGCCCUAAAACCCUCCCUUCUGGGAACCAGAAAAAAGGAAAGAAAGAGGAGAAGCCAGACAAACAAUUAUGCUUCCCUGACAAUUUAUUUCCUCUAGAAACCAGGAAUCCUUUUCCCAUCUGUUGUUCAGACAAAUGCCUCUGUGCUCCUUUAUUAUUAGACCUUUACUGAUGCUGUCAAACACAUCUAUGUAUUUACAAAGAUUUUGGUGCUCACGUUAGUCAAUAAGUCUUGAUUUAAAAGGUUUGGUCAAAUGGCAUUUUGUUUAAAGGUCAACUAAAAAAACUGGAGGAAAGCAUGGCAGCUGAUGAAUUAGAGAUUGAAAAACUCAGAGGAGAGGAAAAGGAGAAACUGAAGGUAACUACUUCCUUCAUUUCUCUUGCAUCAAGAAUGUAACAGAAAUUACUCUUUUUAUGUUUUCAUUUAUGAGGAAAAUUCACCAUUUUAGACAUAUUAAUUAAUUAAACUGGUUGAUUUAUUUGCAGUUAAUUGAGAAAGACACAACAGAGUUGGAAAAGCUGCGUUUGGAAAAAUCAGCAAAGAAGUCUCAGAUAGAUGAGAAGGUAAACAGGGAAUAAGCAACACUAAUGCAAGACAUAAUAACUAUGUGUGUGUUCAGGUGUUUUUAUGUUCAAUCCUCUGUUUUGAAUGUUUAUAUUAAAAUAAACCAAUAGUUACCAACAAGGAUCUAUACCUUGUUUACAUGUCUCUUCCAGGAUCUGGAAAUAAAGGAAGUCAAGAAAAGCUUUAUGCAUCACAUGAAGGAUGUUACAACUCAUCAAAAACAAAUCACUGCCAUGGUGAAUUUCAUUGGAAUUUUUUAAUGGUUGAUUUUUUUUUAGAAAAUAUUGUAAGAAAGAGGUUUUUCAUCAAGACUGCAUUGAAUGUAAAUAUGUGCUUUUCUUGUAAUAUACAAUUUGCAUGAAUGUUCAGACUUGUUUCAGUAAUCUUUCUGUAUAACUUUAAUGUAUAGGAAACUCAGUUGGAGCAAAAGAGAGCAGAUCGUCACAGUCUCUUAAAGUCAUGCAAGGUAAUAAUGACAGUUAUCUGAGUGCUGAUAAUGGAGCAUUUAUUUUAGUUAUGUUGUUUUUGUGUUUCGAUGCACUCCAUUGGAUGAUGGCUUAGGAUGAAUUUCUUAGUGAAGAUCCUCACUUACUCAACCACUUAAUGACUCAUUUUAUGUGCUUGUAUUUGCAUUUUUUAAAUCUAAUUUUCCUCUUUGGUUACAUUUUGUAAUAUGACAAUGACAGAUGGAAGACAUCUUCCUUCCCUUCAAAAAGGGAGGAAUGAAUGAUAUUGAUCUUGGAGAACCUUCAAGUAGUCAGCCAGAAAUGUCAAGUCAGGACCGAGGAGAAUCAUCAUCAAUGGAAAUUGACAGCACAAGCACACAGGUAAUCUCCACUGCUGACCCUUGCAGGGUACACAGAACCACUUGGAAAAUUGUUACAUGAAAACCAAAAUUCUCUUUGUGGCCAUCUAGAACAUCAUUGUAAACAAACUUGAUGCCUGUCUUUGUAUUCAUCAAACUUUUCUUCUUUUACUUUGGGGGGUGACUAGGUUCAGAAUAAUUAUAGGAUUGAUCAAUAAGGGGAGAUGAGUUGUUGAUUUUAAUGUGAAUGAUACUUUACUGCAGUUCUCGUUUGAUUAUUUAUGUUCAGUCCAUUGAUAUGGAUUUUCUGCCCACAGGGGGCCAAGAUCACUUAUGAGAGGGAGGCCAAUCUAAUUAUUGACUACUCUUCACUUGGUCGAAGCUUAAAGCAGGUGUGUUCAGUACAACAUGUCAGUUACUAGGUGCCAGUCUCUCUUGACCAUUGUUCUAACUGCUUUUGUUACUGAUCAGCUUGAAGACCCAUCAGAAAUCCGGAACACAAUGAAUGAGCUGGCAAACAAGGUGAACAAGCUGCAGGCAACUUUACAGAGGAUACAGGCUCCAAAUAUGAAGGCACUUGAGAAGUAAGCAAUUUUCCACCAAAUGAAAAAGGUGUUGUAUGAACAGGAUAACAGAGAAAGAUAAUAAAUAUAAAUACGAUAUUGAAUGGAUUUAAUAUACUUUUUAACAUUCAGUAGCAUUUGCCCUCUAAUUUGGAAAACUUAAUCAAGGUAGCAAUCAACCUUCCUCUUUCUUUUCAGAUUAUCUAGAUAAAGCAAGGUUAACAUCACAUAGAAGGUAGCUAAAUGUUAAUUGAUAAUUUUUUUUCAAUUUAGAUUGGAUGGAGUAAGUAGUCGAUUUCAAGAGACAAGUGCUGAGUUUGAGCAAGCGCGAAACAAAGCAAGAAAGGCCAAGAUUGAGUUUGAAACUGUCAAGAAAAAUAGGUCAGCCAUGAGUUGCAUUGACAGUAUCAUGCCAUGGUUUUUAUAAGGCUCAUCAAAUGAGACACCUGGAAGUAUCUCAACAUAGAAAUAACACUAAUGUUUUAAAAGGUUUUUUGGAUAGUGGGCAAGCAUUCUUUUGUCUCAAAUGCCUCAUCUUUUUUGUUGUUGUUCAGUUUGGAAAGGUAACUUGCUAUAGGGCAUUCUUUUUUGGUGGGUGGGAAGUAGGAUAGUGUAGUAGCACAAGAGUUAGUGCUGGGACUAAAACCCCUCAGUACCCUAAAUGCGAUCUCUUUUGCUGUCUAACUAAUAUGCUCCUGGGAAAAAGGAGCCCUAGUGGCAGCUUAAUGUAGAAGUAAAUUUUCCCCCCCCCUCGGUGAAAAAAUCCACUAUUACUUUGAUUGCCAACUGAAUAGUGCUAAUCCUUUGUUAUUAUUGGUCAGGUAUGACCGGUUUAUGGAUGCAUUUGAACAUGUUUCACAAAGAAUAGAUGACAUAUACAAGGUAACUGAGGAUUAUAGUUAAGUUGUGACAUGAUAGAGAGUUCUUGUAGAAUGGUUCUUCAUCAUGUGAUAUUGUCACUUCAUUAAGUUGUAAAAGAAAUCACUCUAACUUUUAACUCUCAACACAACAUAAAUUUUUUUGAAUAAGUUUCUUUAAGCUGGUUAUUUCUUUUGUUUUCUGUGACAUUGAUUAGUCAUUUUACAGUUACUUUGUAUAUCAAUUAUUAUUUGGGUGGCUUGUUUUGCAAUGAAGUAAGAAUCAAAGCAACUAUGUGUGAUAAAAAAGUCACUCACUUAUAUAUCCUGUCCACAGGAGUUGGCCAAUAAUCCUAGUGCCCAAGCAUUCCUUGGACCAGAGGAUGCAGAGGUGUGACUGUUACAUUAAGGAAAAACCUGUUUGUCUUAUUUUAGUAAACUUUGAGCAAGAGAAUAUGAGUGAUUAAGUAAAUACUAGUAGUUAUUUAGCUACUUUGUGUUUUGAAAAAUUAAUUCUUUUAUGUUUUUGCAGGAACCCUAUCUUGGAGGAAUCAAUUACAACUGUGUAGCACCAGGGAAAAGGUGUUAUUGCCCAGUCACCUCUUACUUAUUUCUUCUUACUGUUACUUAUCAUACAGAUAUAUGAGACACCUUUAGGCAGGUUAUUUUAGCCUUCUCUGAGGGAAAAAAGAAAUAUGUGAUACAUUACUUUCCUUGCAUUCAUACGAGUUAUACAUUAUCUUUCUAACUACUUAGGUUUCGACCAAUGGAUAAUUUAUCAGGUGGAGAGAAGACUGUUGCUGCACUUGCUCUUCUCUUCAGUAUUCACAGGUAAAUUAAGUUAAAGGUCAUGAUACACUUGGCAAUGACAGGUUAUAACAAUUUGCUUUUGUGUGACUUAGAAUCUUUGUGGCUGCCACAGAAUGUUGUCAAGGUAACGGAGAUGCAUAAAUUUAAAAUGGUUUCAUUUGGUGCAACAAUUGUAGCCAUGAAUCAAGUUAAGAGUCUUGAAUAAGCUACACUGUGAUAAUAGCAACCACUACCACAAGCAUGUCAUAAGUGUCAUCUAUCAUUUUUAGUUUGUAUUUUCUCAGCAGUUUUCUACGGUGGCCCAUAGAGGACAUGCCACAUUUUUUUAUUGCAUGAUAAAAUCAAAUAUCGUGUGAUAACUGAUAAAUUAUUGCACGAUAAAUGAAAAAUUAGUGUGCAAUAAAUAAAAAUUAUCGCACCAUAAUUAAUCAUUUAUUGUGCGAUAAUUAAUCAUUUAUUGUGCGAUAAAUGGGAAAGAUGUUAGGUCACUUAAUCGGCUGUCAUGCACAUUGUUUCCAUGGACAACAAUGGUUGCCACAGUUGAGGAGGUAGGUUUUGAGGUCAAUAGUUCAUUUUAAUUAAGUAAAGAGAUCAUUUAGCAGUACUUUGCAAUACUUCUAUGACACAUAGCUCUGUGAAUCAGUGCAGUAAACCUUGAAUUUGCUAAAUCUUACGAGACACUUUUAGGGAUGGCCGUCAGUGUCUGAGAACGAGAGUGGAUUAUCUAAUCCAUCUCAUUUUGCGAAUUACAGUAAACUCAGCAGCCAACAAUUUAUUUCGCUUCACUGUCACCAUUUUGUUUCUAUUGACCUCAAAACAUACCUCCUCAACUGUGGCAGCCAUUGUCAUCCGCAGAGACAACAUGCGUAACAGCCGAUUACGUGGCCUAACAUGUUUCCCAUUUAUCAUGCAAUAUUUUGAUUUUAUUGCGCGAUAAAAAAAAAAAUGUGGCAGGUCCUCUAUGGGCCACCAUAGUUUCCAGAUAAUUUCAGGAGAUCAUUGAUUCAUAAAAGUGGGCUAAAGAAUAGCUUUUUCAAUGUUUUUAUUUUGAUUUAUUUCUUGAAUCUCUCAAGCUACCAGCCUGCCCCAUUCUUUGUUUUGGAUGAAAUAGAUGCAGCCCUGGACAACACUAACAUCAACAAGGUGAAUAUGUCCAAUGCUAAUGUUCACUUAUUGUUCAUUUUACACCCAAACUUCCCAUUACACAUCUCUGCAAGUUCUUAGAGAGGUUGAGCAUAACUUUUACAGCAAAUGCCAAAAAUUUCUUCCCUUUGUCUUUUUGUCAAUUGUUACAGCACGUAAUUCAUAUAAGAUGGGAUAUAUCUUAUGCUUGAUGUAUGGAAAAUGCUAAAUAUUAUUGCUUUGUGAUAGUCUAAUUUUCUAUUAUCUGCCCCCUUUUUGGUUGUCAAGCUAACCUUUUACAUUUCAAUAGGAAUUUCUGUGUAAAAUGCAACCAGGGCAUAUGUUUAACAAGAACAUCUGUGAAUGAGGUGGUAACCAUUCACAGCACGUAAUUCAUAUAAGAUGGGAUAUAUCUUAUGCUUGAUGUAUGGAAAAUGCUAAAUAUUAUUGCACAAGAAUUAAUGUCUGUACUUCCAAAUCAGUAGAUUUUUGGUACCUUGUCAAGUCAAUUCUCUGCAUAAUUAGCAAUAAUGAAAACUUUUAUUUGUUUAACGGUUUAGCUAAGGUAAAGUGUUAUGAUGAAAAUAUCACUUCUUUCUUCCUACCCACACAAUUAAAAUUUUUUACUUAUGUAAUUAAUGCUGUUUCUUAAGGUUGCAAGGUACAUUAUUAACGAAACCAGAGAGCAUUUUCAGUGCAUUGUGAUUUCACUUAAAGAAGAGUUCUACACAAGAGCUGAAGCUCUUAUUGGAAUCACUGCGGAGGUUAGUGUUUAAUGCCAAGAACCUCUUUGUUUGUUUGUUAUUUCUUUUAUUGGGUCAAUUUCAUGAUUCAGCAACAUGUCUUGGCAGUGCUUUUAUGAACUCCAUACAAAGGAGCACAGCCACUUACCCUUAAUUCUCUCCUCUGUAUUCAUUACAUUUCUUACACUUUAUUGCACACUGCUUACCCCCUUUCUUUGCUCCUUACUUCUUGUCCUCUAUUAAAAAGAAGUAUAUAUAUACUACUAAAUGUAAUGACACAGAUAAACAGUAUCAAGUAUAGCUGAUGCUUUUUUAUUUCAACAUUAAUCAAAAAUGGAAAACCUUUUCCAUGUGUUGCUCUCUCCUUGACUUUCAUAUUCAAUUUUCUCUGCAGCCUGAUAAGGACUGUACAGUGAGUCGAGUGUUUACUUUGGACUUGACUCAGUAUCCUGAGUAG